UGAAAAAAUAAAAUCCUGACGUUGAUAGCCACAUCACCAGCAUCCACGUACGGGAGACGGGUCCAUUACGCAGUUGAGAAAUUAUAUAUCCUCUGUUAGACAUUUCUCGGUCUUUGUCCACAAGAGAGGGAAUUCACCACCGAAUCUGUUCCUGCUGUAGUGUAAGCCAUGCAUCCUCCUCUGCAUCAUCUUCUUCCUCCUGAUUCCAUGGCCGCCCUUCAACUCGGUGCUUCUCUGUGCGCCCGUCAGCGUGCUCGUCCCCGGCAUGGCCCUCGUUCCAAGCAGGACCCUCGUCUCCGACCAAGGCGCGUUUGCCUUGGGCUUCUUUUCCCCUUCCAACGCAACAGGGAAGAUGUACGUCGGCAUAUGGUUCAACGACAUCCCGCAGCGCAACCGCACCGUCGUGUGGGUCGCCAACCGCGACGAGCCCAUCACAGACGCCUCAUCGGCGAUGCUCGCUGUGGCCGACGACUCCGGCCUCGUCCUGUCCGAAACCGACGGCCGCCGCGAACUCUGGAAGGCGAACACGGCCACGCUGUGGCAGAGCUUUGAGAACCCGAGCGACGCCAUCCUCGCCGGCAUGCCGCUCCGGACGAGCCACAGGACGCGCCCGCCGUCACGGGGCGUGAGCCCGCUGAUGUACCUGACCAUCUCCACGGGCGCCGACGGCGAGACCUACUCGACGUUCGGGCUCUCGGACGGCUCCUCCAAGGUGUGGUACAAGGCGGAGUACUCCGGCGAGGUCGCCUUCUUGAGAUGGAACGCCAGCUCCUCGGAAUGGACGCCCAUCUCACGCUCGCCAGCUUACAAGUGCAAUACCUACGGGUACUGCGGUGCCUACGGCUACUGCGACAACACGGACGCCAUUCCAACAUGCAGGUGCCUCGAUGGAUUCGGCCCCAGCGAUGAAGCAGAGUGGGCCGGCGGCAACUUCUCCCGAGGUUGCCGGCGGAAGGAGGCGCUGCGGUGCGGCGGAGGGGACGGCUUCUUGACCUUGCCGGCCAUGAAGGCGCCGGACAGAUUCUUGCGUUUGUGGAACAAAAGCUUUGAUGACUGCGCGGCAGAGUGCAGCAGCAGCUGCUCAUGUGUAGCGUACGCGUAUGCCAGUUGGCUUGAAAAUUAAUCAAAGGCCGUAGCUACUGCCUGCUUCUCUGAGAGAAUCU